AUGCCUGAUCCAUUAUCUGUAUAUGUUCCGUUAGAGUCUCUAACUAAACAAACUAUCGAAUCUGUAGCUUUAACUGCACUUAAACAUGAGAUGCCAGAUUGGAAUCAUAGUCGACGUACUUUAUUGGCUUUUUUACUUGCAAUUAAUGAAAGACUCAAUGAAAUUGAAAAAAAUAAGAUUCAAUACGAUGAACAAACUCUUAAACAUGCUAUUAAAGUUCGUCAAUGGCUUGUACGAGAAGAAAAAUCAGGUCAAAUUAUCGAGUUUGAUUGGAAUGAAUUACGAAAAACUUAUGAUAAUAUGAUUAAUAAUAAAAACAAUAAAAAAGAAAUGUAUCUUGGUAUGAGAAACGAAGAACCUUACUAUGAGUUGACUAUUAAUGCGGAACAUUCCGAUAUAGAUCAAUCUCGUAAAUAUAUGGCUCGCUUUCGCAACAAUGGUUGGGAACCUCAUGAAUUGAAAGUUUACUGGAAUGUAGAACAAUUAGAAAUUAUGUGUCCAAAAGAUGGACAAGAAGUUGAAAAUGAAAGACUCCCACCACACGAUCCAUCAGAUGAUGAUGUUGUCCAAGCACUUCGUCAAUAUCCGGUUUCAAAACGAAAUCAUGCUGGUACUAUUACCUAUAUUAAUAAAGGAAUAGAAAAAGCUGUUUUCGAUGUACCGAAAGAUGCCCAAAUUAUUCUUCUUAACUUUGCCAAUGAAUGUUCACCUGGAGGUGGUUAUUUAUGGCAUGCAUGUGCACAAGAAGAAAUUAUCUUGUAUAACUCAGAUGGUUAUCGAGCAUUGCUUGAUCUCAAAUAUGGACGAAUGGGUGGUGGUUAUGCGAUACCCGAAUUUGGAUUAGCUUAUGUACGUGAUAUUUGUUUCGUUGAUAAGGACACUGAACAAUAUCGUCAAGCAGAUAUGUUAGUUUCGGCAUGUUACUGUCUUGUUCAACCUCAACUUUAUGAUAAUCCAAAGACUAUAGAUGAGUGGAUAGAAAAAAAUAUAGUCAAAUUUCGUGCAUUUAUAUCAGCAGCUGUUGCUAAUACGAAAGGUGAUGGAUCAAAGACUUAUCUGUUACUUGGACCAAUAGGUACUGGUGCUUUUGGAAAUGAUGUCAAUCAUAUUGGAUAUGUCUUUCGAGAUGUACUCACAUCGAAAAUGAUGGGUUCUAGUGGUCCAAUUAGCAAGGUUUUCAAUAUGAGUAGUGACGAAGAAGAAUUUGAUGAUGAUACAACCGAUUUUGAUGAAUUCGAUACAACAGAUGAAGAUGCCGAUGAUGAUGACGAUGAUGUUAAUGGAUCAACAUCACAACCAAUACAUUUUCGUGAAUGUCUUCGUUUACUUGAUGCAGCAUUAAGUACAAGUAAUCCACCUGUUCUUCCACGAUGGUGUGCAAGUGAACAAAUAGGACCUAUGGAUGAUCCAAUGUUAUUAAUUAAUGGUCAUCAAAGAUGUUUAUCAUUACCAUUGGAUAAACGAGAAGCUCGAAGAUUUAUUCGAAAAGCUGUACCGUUCGAUAUGAAAAUCGAUAUUGUCGAUGGAAUUUCAUUUUUACCAUCAUCUUGUCAAAUACCAGUAAAUUCUUUUAGUAUAUUAAAUCCAGAAUGGAAAACAAAAACUGAAACAUAUUUAAAACGUUCAUGUGUAGCUCCAUCACUUGAACUUGAUCCAAAUCAAAUUGAAUUAAAAAUUUCAAAUUUAAUUUUACUUGAACCAUGUCAAUUUCCACGACAAUUUAUUUGGUCAAAAGAUGAACAAAAUCCAUUAUCUAUAGGAAAAUUAUUUCUUAGUUUACCAUCAACAUAUAAAGGUGGAAAAGAAACAAUAAUUUAUCAAAAAGAAAAACAUAUAUUUGAUUUAUCAGAAAAAAAUUUAUUAAAAUCAAAUUUUUAUACUAUUGUUCCAAUAAGUAAUGAAUGUAAACAUGAAAUUGAUUAUAUAUCUGAUGGAUAUAAAUUAAUAUUAAUUUAUGAUAUUAUUCCAUUAACAUCAACAAUUUUUUAUAAUGUUAAUAUAAAUGAAACAAUAAUGAUUCGUAUUUCAAAAAUAUUAGAUACAUGGAUUAAUGGAUUAGAACAAGAUUAUCAUGGUUAUUCAACAAAAAUUAUUAUACCAUUUUCUGAUACAUAUCAAUUAGGAAAUAAUCCACUUUUACAUGGUAUUGAUAGAGUUAUUGGAACAAUUCUUCGACGAACUAUUGAACAAUAUUAUUCAAAUAAAUUUUUACUUUAUCAAGGUAUUAUUCAACCAAAUCGAUCUAAUGAUGGAACAGUACAUGUUUGUCGAUUAUUAACAGAUCUUAAUUUAAUGAUGUCAAUAAAAACAAAUACACUUUUUGAUAAAAUUGAUUUAUGUUUAGGAAAUUGUAAUGAAACUUAUUCAGGAAAUAUUUUUUUAAGAAAAACAAAAACUGAACAAGGUAAUUUUAUAUCUAUUGAACAAUUUAAUGUUCCUAUAUGGUGUCUUGUUCCUGUUAAUCAUAAAUAUGAUCUAUUAAUUGAUAAUAUUCCACGUGUAUUAACAUAUCUUGAACAAAAUUUAAUUCCUUAUCAUAAUCAACGUAAUGAAAUAUUUUCACUUAUUAAUUGGUUAUUAACAAGUUCGAAGAAGAUACAUUUUAAUUCUAAAUUACUUCUUCAUCAAUUACUUCCACUUUUAUCUGAUAAUACAAUAACAUAUAAUCUUAUAAUUAUUAUUCGACAAUUAUUUGAACAUAAAAAAUUUCUUGAACAAUUUUUUCCAAUGAAUAAUAAACAAGAUUAUGAUGAUAUUAUUUAUCUAUUAAAUUAUUCAAAAGAUACAAAAAUUCAAUUAUAUCUUCAUCAAGUUUUUCGUACAGUACUUAAACGACGUUUACGUGAUACAGAUAGAAUACAUGAUGCAAUUAAAUUUAUUGGAAUUUUAUCAACACGUAAUGUAAAUUCAAAUUUUAUAUUUGUACUUAUUCAUGAAUUACUUUCAAAUAUAUUUAAAAUAAAUAAUCCAAUACCAUCAAUAACUGAUCUUGCUAAUUUACUUGCACUUUUAUCAUUAUCAAUUGAUUCUUUUCAAUCAUCAUGUCAAAUUAUUUCUCAACAAAUUAUUCAACAAAUAAAAAUAACAACAAUAACAACAACAAAUACAUCAACAAUUACAAAUCUAUUAAGAACAGUUCUUGUACCAACACUUAUUCAAAUUUAUCGACAAUUUCUAAAUAAAAAUCAAUUAUUACGAAAAAGAAAACGUGAUUCAAUAAUAAAUUUUCCUUCAUGGUUUAUAUCACUUUAUCAAACAUGUCUUUCAUUACUUAAUACGUAUUGUAAUAGUAAUCCACCAAUUCCAACAUAUGAUAAUCUUUUAAAUAUUUUUGAUAUUUAUUGUUGUACUAUUUGUCAACAAUUAUUUAUUUUUCUUCAAAAUACAAAUAGAUUUGAACAAACUUUUAUUAUUUCAAAAGAUAAAAUUGAUCAUUUUAAUAUGAUUGUAAAUAAAUUUAAUCCUUUAAUUAUAAUAACAAAAUCUAUGACAUCAGAUAAAGAAAAUUAUCAAAUAAAUAUUAUUAAAAUGUCAACAUAUGAUGAAGAAAUAUCUCGUGAAAAUAAUCUUCUUCGUUCAUUACUUUUUCAUAUUCAAUUAUCAAAUCAUUUCGAAGAUCAACCUGAUACGAUGAAAAAGAAACGUUUUAAAUCAUCGAUAUGA